AUGGAUCCGCGCGCCAGGUACCCUCCCGGAACCGGCAACGGUCGCGGCGGGAACCCUAACUACUACGGCCGUGGCCCGCCGUUGUCGCAGAACAACCACCACCACCACCACCAGACGUCGGCGGCGCACCAGCAACAAUACGUGCAGCGCCAGCCGCAGCCGCAGCCGCAGCAGCACCACCAAAAUAACCAGCAGCAGCACCACCACCAAAGUAACCACCAGCAGCAGCAUCACCAAAAUCACCACCAGCAGCAGCAGCAACAGCAGCAGCAGUGGCUGCGGCGAAACCAGAUCACCGCGGCCGGGACCAGCGGGCCCAAGGUCGUGGCGCCACCCCCAGCGGCGGUCGGCAACGAUCCUAGUUCACAAGAUUGGAAGGCCCAACUGAAGCUUCCACCCGCAGAUACACGAUUCAGGACAGAGGAUGUUACUGCCACCAAAGGGAAUGAGUUUGAAGAUUAUUUUCUUAAGCGUGAACUCCUGAUGGGAAUAUAUGAGAAAGGAUUUGAAAAGCCCUCUCCAAUCCAGGAAGAAAGCAUUCCUAUUGCAUUAACUGGUAGUGAUAUUCUUGCUAGAGCAAAAAAUGGAACUGGCAAGACUGCUGCAUUUUGUAUUCCUGCACUGGAAAAGAUCGACCAGGACAAAAAUGCUAUUCAAGUUGUUAUAGUUGUUCCCACAAGGGAAUUGGCUCUACAGACAUCGCAAGUUUGCAAAGAGCUUGGCAAGCACCUGAAGAUCCAAGUUAUGGUCACCACUGGUGGAACUAGCCUGAAGGAUGACAUUGUUCGUCUAUAUCAACCUGUCCAUUUACUUGUUGGAACGCCUGGACGUAUUUUGGACCUUACGAAGAAAGGUGUUUGCAUCUUGAAGGACUGUUCAAUGCUUGUUAUGGAUGAGGCAGACAAGCUUCUCUCUCCUGAAUUUCAACCUUCCAUAGAGCAGUUGAUCCGUUACCUUCCAGCGAGUCGACAGAUUUUAAUGUUUUCAGCAACAUUCCCUGUGACUGUCAAGGAGUUCAAGGAUAAAUAUCUGCCUAAACCUUAUGUUAUUAACCUCAUGGAUGAACUUACACUGAAGGGAAUUACACAAUUCUAUGCUUUCGUAGAAGAAAGGCAAAAAGUUCAUUGUCUUAACACCCUCUUUUCCAAGCUUCAAAUAAAUCAGUCAAUAAUAUUCUGCAACUCUGUAAAUCGUGUUGAGCUAUUAGCGAAAAAGAUCACGGAGCUUGGUUACUCUUGCUUCUACAUCCAUGCAAAGAUGCUGCAGGACCACCGUAACAGAGUAUUCCAUGAUUUCCGCAAUGGGGCAUGCAGGAACCUUGUUUGUACAGAUCUUUUCACAAGGGGGAUAGAUAUUCAAGCUGUUAAUGUUGUUAUCAAUUUUGAUUUCCCCAAGAGCUCUGAAACGUAUCUCCACAGGGUUGGUAGAUCUGGGAGAUUCGGUCACCUUGGUUUGGCUGUGAAUUUGAUCACCUACGAGGAUCGCUUUAACUUGUAUAGGAUUGAGCAGGAGCUCGGAACUGAGAUAAAACCAAUUCCCCCUCAGAUAGACCAGGCCAUAUAUUGCCAAUGA